UCAGUUGUCAACCGACCGUGGGCGAAGGCGCACAGUGUAUCGAUAGAAACGGCCCACAUCUCUACGUUUAAGUAAAAUGCUAAUAUAAGGGCUCAGCGACAUGUACAAAUCAUUGCGUUGGCUCGGUCAGUGGCAGUGACGUGUGUGAAGUGCCUCUUAAUUCUACGAUGGCCUGGACAUUUUUCCCGAUCUUCUUAGCCUUGACCACAAUAUCGGCGUACAACUACCCAUACCCUAGCUACUACCGGCCAUACCAAGCUCACAACUACGAAGCGUCACCAUACCGAAGACACGAUGCUCUGUUCGUCCAUGAAUCAGGAGAAGCAGAUUAUGAAGACAGGUCCAGUGAAGUCAGACAAGAUUACCAAGAGCCACGUGCAGAAUCUAGUCAAUACCAAGAGAGAGCCGAAGAGAGAUCUAUAAGAGGACCUUUUAGAAAUAAGGGGCAACGGCUUCAAGAGGUCUUAGUAGCCAGCCCGGAGGAUAUUCAGCCCAGAAAUGGGAACUCUAGCUAUAAGAUCGUGAACAGCGCCCCAAAGACUUAUCCAAGUAUAACGAAUAGAAGAGGAGUGGAUACAGAGAGUGCGGUGGUGUUCCCCGGGCCGACCUCCGAAACUCGGAAGAUGUUCAGUCCACAAGUCUCGAAGGAGUGCGAGGAGGUCGGGAUCUGCGAGAACAGCCCUGACUACCCUCAUGAAUACGUGGAGGCGCUUUUGGCUAAGUCGAACGUGAAAUUUAACCUCGACGUUGAUACGCCUGAGAUAGCGCAGCGAGGAGGCCCACCAUCGGCCAGCGUCGACCAGGGCGAAGAACUGUGUGACCUGGAUGUCCGAAUACUAUAUCCAGAUAAAGUCCAGACCAAAACCGGUAAAUGGCUUUACGCGGUCAAUACCAAGCAAAAGAAAGUACAAGGGUUCAGGGGGACUAUGUGCAAGUCCCCUUCAAGACCAUGUAAGGACAUAGUGUUCGUUGCCGGCGACCACGUCACCACCUGCGAACAGAAAAGGAUGGACAGGUUCAUAUGGGUGGUCAACGAAAACGGAAAGCUGGAAGAAAUGCCCGUCCCCAUGCCGACCUGCUGUACUUGUGUGAUAAGGAAAAAUACGAAAGUGACAGACCCAUCAUGAACAUUCCUGAAUAGUAGAAUUACUAUCACAAUAUACUCUAGUACCUAAAGUAUUAAAUUAUCAGAUAGGUACUGAUCAGAUUUGAAUUACUUGUUUCAAAGAGACAUAGAUCGGUAUGUUUUUUAAUUAUGUUUACAAAACAUAAUU